GUUGUAUUAAUAUCUGCAUACACACUAUACUUUUACUUCUACUGAUUCACUGCUCAUAAAGAAAAGCUUAUACUUGGAUAGAAUGGAAAGUAUGCACUCCUACUGUGCUAUUAAAGGAGACAAAAAGGAAUACAUCAUGCUAAACCGCAAUAAAUAACAAGGGUCUGAAAACGAAAGUAGACGGACAAUCGUAUUGCGAAUCAAAACUGCGAAAUUUCGAUGGAUACUGUCGAAUCAGCGGUUGAAUACAGAAAAUCAAGUAUACCGUUCACUUUAGCUGAACGACUCGGGGAGGGCGCUUUUGGUGAAGUCUUCAAAGCGACAGAAAAUGAGGGUAAAGCCCGAACAUUUGCGGUCAAGUUUAUAAAAUGCACAGGAAAUGACGACCUACAAAAUGCGAUGGACGAGAUCACGGCGUUGGUGAUAUUAAACCAUAAAAACGUUGUUAAAAUGUUUGAUUUUGGUGUACGGCAGCAUUGGCAGUUGGAAGUCGAAUUCUCGCUUCUGUUAGAAUAUUGCUCCGAUGGUCGCCUCAACGAGAAGCUUGCUGAGCAGAAUUCAAGAAGCCGGAAGCUUGGUUGGAUACGCAGUAUAACAUCCGCCGUCGUUUAUUUGCACAGUGAGGGCAUAGUGCAUCAGGAUUUGAAGCCCGAUAAUAUCUUGUUGACUGGGAAUGGUGUUAUAAAAGUGGCUGAUUUUGGUCUCGCUCGACGCUUCGCACGACGAAGAGAAGGUAUACAAUGUGGUAGUUCAAUAAAUAUUCGCCUUCCCACACUCGUUUCUUACUGCUGAGUUAAGCUUGCUACUGUAAAUACAAUUGUGUUUGGUUCACUCUUGUACUUUCAGAAUUUUAAUCCGGUUUUGUUCUGUGGCCGAAAACCGACCCUUAGUCAUUCAUCUAGAAUGCCUUCGAUUUGAGCUGCAUCCUUCACAAUUCAGCUCUGUUGCAAGGAAAGAUGAUUGACACCCCCUCCCUAUACCUUCCCCCUCCUAUCCCUACUCCCCCUCUAACAUUAAGAACACCCAGGUUAAUUCUACCCAUAUAUACAUGAUUGUAUAUCCACCUCAACCAUUCUUAUAAUUUAUUUCGGUGUAUAUACUUGGGCAUUUAUUUAUGCAUACUGUACACACUUCUGUAUGAUAUUUUAACUAGUAGGGACAAUAAUAAUAUACAUAUUAUGCUAGUAGGGACAAUAAUAAUAGCCAAAUAAAUUCAUUACAAUUCAAUUGGUCAAAGCUAGCAUUUACUAUCUCAGCCGAGCUGGCGGACCCUAAUAGACUUAGCAAUAUAUAAUAAUAUAGCAAAAUAUAUAUUGGUUUCAAUCCAAAGGUCAGAGCUGGCAUUUAUACUACCUCAGCCAGCUGGCUGACCCUAAUAGACUUAAGAGUAUAUAAUAAUAUAGCAAAAUAUCUAUUAAAUUCGUUUCAAUUCAAAGGUCAGACCUGGCAAUUAUACUACCUCAGCCAAGGUGUUGGGGCAUUGUGCUACGUUGCUCCAGAAAUGCUCGAAGACCACCACACCUAUAUGGUCGAUGUAUUCUCAAUGGGGAUUCUAUUUCAUGCUAUUCUCGAAGGCCAGUUUAAAGUCUACGAUGGGGAAAGGUGUUAUGGAGUAUUUAUUCAGACCAGUAAUCAACAGAGAGAACCAAUUGGUAUUCAGAUGCAUGAGAAAGGAACGGAUUUGAAGGUGCCAUUCCAACGAUGGAGAAGAAGACUAAUUGAACGAAUGUUGAAAUACAAUCCGAAACAAAGACCAACUGCCCGAGAAGUUGAGGACGUUUUAAGAUCAACAUUCCGACGGUGGUUUCAACUCGUAUAAUAAAGUAAAUUCCCAAUGCAUGGUUGAUGAGGUUCAGACUCGAUCAAAACCAUCCAUACCUAGUAUAUUUUAAAACUAAAGAAGAUAAAUUUCUCGCUAAGUUUAUCUUUAACAAAGAUGAAGAAUAUUAAUUAUUAGGUACAUAGAACAAUUUCAUCAAACGUUUACAAUUGUAUCUAUAGCAUAUAUACAGUAUACAUGAAACAUCUUGUCUUCUGUGUGUCAAUCUUGUCUUCUAUGUGUCAGUCUUGAUUCGCGUCAUCCGAUGUUCUAAGCAAAGACUCGUAUUGUCAAUGAGUGCACUGGUGUACUCAGUACUGUGAUUGUGUUAGUCUCAGUGACCUGGGAAUAUGACGUAUAGCUAUAUAUUAAGGGCUAUUUAUACCCAUAAACCAACAUAUUCCGGCAUGUAUUUUUUUAUGAAUACUUAUAACCAUUGCAAUAACGUGAAUACAUGUUUUAAUAAGCAAAUAGCCUAAGAAUAGCAAAGAACAUUAAUUAAUUAAUACAGAGAAUCUAUUGCGUUGUAUGCAGUCUGUGUGAUUAUAUGUUGGGCAAUUCGAAUAUUUUCAUUAAUACACCGGAAUGUCAACUGUAACUAUAGUAUAUGACAAUUAUAAAUAUAACCAUUUCCAUUAUAUUUAUACAUAAAUAUAUAAUUGUACAUGAAGUUCGUGCUACUAUAUUUCAAUAUUGUACGAUUUAGAUAUUGUAAUUACAUUGGACAUUCAACUAUUGUAAUAAAUUGAAUACAUGAAUGAAUGAUAGCAUUGCAUUUUAGCUACUCCCUGCUAGUAUCUGGGACAUGUCCAUUUGCUUCAUCUUUGCAACAACAAUUACAACAGCGAAAACAACAGCGACAACAACAGCGACAACAACAGCGACAACAACAGCGACAACAACAGCGACAACAACGACGCAAAAAGGCCAUUGCAUUUGUGAACAUUUGACGCAAUCUUUUAACCAAUUUCUCACGCAUGCUCAAUUCCUCCUCUUCAGAGCUUUCUUUGGGAAGUAAAGUGUCUUUAUCGUUGUAACUUUCUUCGCAGAAGCUCUCGUCGUUCGUGGCUGACUCGUCCCUUCUGUUACGCAGCUCACUGCUAGCUUCAUUUGGCACGACUGAGUUUUCGAUCUUCACUGACUGUUCGUCUUUCGUAAACGUUGUCCAGUCUUGUCCAGCUUCUGCCUUUGAGGUUAGGUACGCGUUCUCCACUGUUAAGCGAACAGGGUUUGCGCAUGGUAGACAUUUAAUAUUGCCUUUUGUAAUUUUUUGUUCACUUAAAUUGAAAAGGAAGCAGCCAAUGUUGACCUUUGCUGGUGUACCUGGAUGUAUAGAACAAAA